AUGGACCAACCGCCACACCACCACAACAGCGCCACCACCUCCUCCUCCGCCGAUAAGCCCGCCACUCCGCGCGGAGGCACGCGCCACCCGCUCUUCCGCGGCGUCCGCAAGCGCCGCUGGGGAAAAUGGGUGUCCGAAAUCCGGGAGCCGCGCAAGAAAUCGCGCAUAUGGCUCGGCUCCUUCCCGGCGCCGGAGAUGGCGGCGAAGGCCUACGAUGUCGCCGCCUACUGCCUCAAGGGCAGAAAGGCGCAGCUCAAUUUCCCCGACGAGGUCCACCGCCUCCCGCCGCUUCCUUCCGCCUGCACCGCCCGCGACAUCCAGGCCGCCGCCGCCAAGGCCGCCAGCAUGAUGAUGGUCCAGGCCGCCGCCACUGACUCUCCGGAGAAGAGCAGCAUUACCUCUGACUGCGACCACGCCGCCGAUGACUUCUGGCGCGAGAUUGAGCUGCCGGAGCUCCUUCACGGAAAGUGGUGGACCUCCUCCGGCGACGCCUCGCCGUGGACGGAGGCUGACCUCCCGCCUCAGCAACCCUUCCCCACGGCGUGCUUGUAG